AGCCUCUGUGAGCACACGCUCCAUCUCAGCUGCAUCAGCAUCCACGUCGCCACUUCUCCGCCCCUCGUCACCAGAAAGGGAAAAAAAAAAACGCAAUCACGCGGACGGUGGAAGAGCGCAGCAUAAUAACAGCAGCAGCCCUGUUCCGUCAGCCUCGUGCGCACAUCAAGGGGACUCCGCCGAGCGCCUGCACAUUUCCCCGCGAUGGGAGCGGCUGUGCUCUGCAUGGCCUGAGCGGAGCAGCCUCCCAGAGACAUGGGCAACCAGGAGGCUAAGCACAGGAAGGCUGCAGCCGCCGCGUCAUCGGGGGAAGGAAGCAACACCGCUCUAGACGAGGGAUGGAGGGAAGGAGACAAAACAAAAAGAGGCAAGAAAGGGGGGGGCGGAGGGGGGGAGCCGGGCACAUGGCCAGCCAAGAAGAAAAACAAAUCCGAGUCCAAGUCGUCCGUUUUCUCGAUCCGCAAGAGAAAGAGCAACCUUAAGGGGAAAGGAGGAGCGGGCUCCAAGGAGGAUGUGUUGGCAUGGCAACAAGACGAGCUGGACAGCGCUCAGUCUCAGGGCACCAAAACACCGGACCUGUCUGCAGGAAAGCUCGGCUCGUCCAACGCAGACGCGGCUACGCAGCGCGGGGCGGAGGGGCGGAGGAGAGACCCCCCCCUCCAGAGAGAGGCCGGUGGAGGGGCGCUAGAGGACGGAACACGCAAAGCACAGCCGCCGGCCCCCAUGGAGCCGGCCUCCCCCGCGGAGGAAGGCGGGCCCAAGGGGGCCAGCUCGGGGUCCGACACGGACAUCUACAGCUUCCACUCAGCCACCGACCAGGAGGACCUCCUGGCCGACAUCCAGCAGGCCAUCAGACUCCAGCACCAACAGAAGCACAACGGGGGUCAGGGCCCGAACCAGAGACCCGCUGGGGGACAGAAGAGCAGGCCGGACGACGGCGGGGAGGCCAGCAGCCUGACCUCCCCAGUUUCGCAGCCGAGCCCAGAGUUGGAGCUGGGCUCGGACGCGUUGUCGUUCCUAGACACCGGGAGGCCACUGAGUUCUGCCCGGCAAAACGGCCUCCCACCGACUCCUCGUCUCCCUCUGGCUGUAGCAGAGCCAGGGGGAGGGGGAGGGAGAGUGGGGCUGGGGAUACAGCAGAUGGAGGGCGCACAUGGAGAGGGGACGACACAGAGCGUACCGGAGGACCCUGAGUUCUCCCCUGGACAAAAGGGCUGGUGUGUUUUGGAGGAGAACACCUCUCCUUAUGCGUCCAUCCCCACAGCAGACAAUGGCGCUGCUUUGGAAGGCUUGGUUGCCGAGACGACAUCAAGAGCCCUUCGUGAUCUCUCGGCGUCAUCGGAGAGCGUUGUUGAACCCCCAGCUCAGGAGCAGGGAGGGGAGGGAGGCGUGGAAUGGAUGGUUGAGGAGGUUCAGGUUGGUCUGGAUGGACCCGCUUGUUCUUCGGACGGCCGUAGUGAAGAAGACUCUCCGAGUGAUGAGCCAAUCGAGGGCUUGAUCUCGGAGAGGGCCUCGCGAGAGGGGGGCGGCCCCCUUGGCACGGGGACCAGUGAGGAGUCUCUGUCGGAGUGUCUGAGUGCUGAGUCACAACAACACUGCUUCAGCAGCACCAGCACCAGCGCCUUCGUUCCUGUUCCCCAGCCCAGGAGGGGCCCCAGUCAGUGGCCCCCACAGGAGAGCCCCACAGUCUCAGCACGGCUCCUCAAGAUGUCUACGUGUUCAGCUCCUAGCUACUCCACACUGGGUUCCAGCGUCAAACCCUACCCCCCUAUCUUCCCCUCGUACAUCAAGACCACCACCCGCCAGCUCAGCUCGCCGGGCCACUCUCCGGGUCUGUCCCCGUCACAGAGUCCCCAGUCCCCCCGCAGGGUCCACAGCCAGGUGCACAGAGGCCAAACGGAGCGGCGCAGAGUCCAGCGCCGCCAGGGGCCCCGCAGCCUGGGCCGGCCCCUGAGCCUCUCGGCCGACUGGACGGAGGAGCUGGAGCUGGAGAGGGGCCUGCGGGGCCGGGGGCCCGGCGAGGGGAGCGAGGGCUCCUGGGAGUUCCUGGAGGGAUACGGAGCCGGCUCGGAGGACCGGCUGCGGGGGGGCAGCCAGCCGCUGUGCUGCAGCGCCCGGCGGCCGUCCCUCGCCCACGCCCCCGCCUGCGGCCUGCAGGACGUCUUCAGCGGCCGGACCCUCCUGGAGAAGUUGUUCACACAGCAGGAGCAGGCGGAGCCCGAGGAGGCUGAGAGGAUGUGCUCCAGGAUCCUGGCCAUGGGCCUGCUCCUCCCCUUCACCGAGUGCUUCAGGCAGCAGCUGGGGGGCAGCCCCGCCCACAUGACCUCCAGCACCACCACCGCUACGGCCAGGUUUGAUCAGGAGCAGCUGUACACAUGGGCAGCAGUCAGCCAGCCCCCCAACUCCAUGGAGCACUUUGAGGGCCGCCUGCCUGCUCAGGUCAGGGGUCUUUGGCCCUCAGUAAGAGCUGGGGUCGGAGAACCUGACAGGACCAAACCACAACACACAGACAGCGAGGAAUGCGAAGAACAUCUGUCAGAAACUAUGGAUCCAGAAACCAAGGAGGAGGGGAUGAAAUACCUUCCGGAGGAGUCCCUCCUGAAGACGGUCCAUCUGAAGGAGGAGCACAUCAACGUCAUCCAGCAGCUGGAGCAGACCAUCGAGGACCUCCGCACCAAGAUCGCCGAGCUGGAGUGCCCCGCCUCUCCGCCCGCCGCGCCGCCCGACGCCGCGGAGCUCACGGCGGACCACCCCGAGCGGGAGGGCGGGGAAGGCGAGGAGGCCCCCCCCCGGGCGGUGUGUGACGUCCAUCUCCAGACGGAGGCCUUCGGGGGGGUCCUGGAGGCCAAGUCGGUGCAGACGUCGCCCAUGGAGGACAGGUACCGGUUCGGAGUGCCCUGCACUACCGACCCGCUGAUGGUGAAUGGCUUCACCGGAGAGGAGCCGCAGCUCCGGGAACACGGCCUCCCCGUUCCCACCUCGCCCAAAGCCGUGCAGGCCGAGUUUCAGUGUACAUGCCAGCUACAGAGCGGAGCGCCAGCUCUACCAGGGCACAUGGUGGCCCCUCCUCCACCCCCACCACCUCCACCUCUUCCAGGGCACAUGUCGAUCGCUCCACCCGCUUCCCUCCCACCACCAUUAAUACCAGCAGGUGCAAUGGCACCAGCCCCACCUUGGCCUGGCAUGCCUGGAGCUCCUCCUCCUCCUCCACCUCCUCCUCCUCCACUACCAGGUGGAUUUGCACCACCUCCGCCUCCUCCACUACCAGGUGGAUUUGCACCACCUCCGCCUCCUCCACUACCAGGUGGAUUUGCACCUCCUCCUCCUCCUCCUCCUCCUCCACUUCCAGGUGGAUUUGCACCACCUCCGCCUCCUCCACUACCAGGUGGAUUUGCACCUCCUCCUCCUCCUCCUCCUCCUCCUCCUCCUCCACUUCCAGGUGGAUUUGCACCACCUCCUCCUCCUCCACUACCAGGUGGAUUUGCACCACCUCCUCCUCCUCCACUACCAGGUGGACUUGCACCUCCUCCUCCACCUCCUUUACCCGGGUCAGGGGCUGGCUGUCCGCCCCCACCCCCGCCUCCGCCUCCGGGCGGCGGCCCCCCGGCCCCUCCCCUGUUCGGCGCCCCGGGGGCGCUGGGCAGCCUGCCCCCUCCUCUGCCCAUGGGGCUGUUCGCUCUGGGCAUGAUGCAGGACAAGCCCCCCCGGAAGGCGGCCCUGGAGCCCCCCAGGCCCAUGAAGCCCCUCUACUGGACGCGCAUACAGCUGCUGACCAAGAAGGAGGUGGCGUCCGCGCUGGUCUGGGAAAGCAUCGAGGAACCCCCGGUGGACUUCCAGGAGUUUGUGGAUUUAUUCUCCAAGACGGCCGUGAAGGAGAAGAAGAAGCCGCUGUCGGACACCAUCACCAAGUCCAAGGCCAAGCAGGUUGUGAAAUUACUCAACAACAAGCGAUCACAGGCUGUGGGGAUUCUGAUGUCUUCUCUCCACCUGGACAUGAAGGACAUCCAGCAUGCCAUCCUGAACCUGGAUAAUUCCGUAGUGGAUCUGGAGACCUUACAGGCCCUCUAUGAAAACAGAGCACAACAGGAGGAGAUGGAGAAGAUCGAUAAACAUCUCAAGUCUUCUAAAGAGAAGGACCACGCCAAGCCCCUAGACAAACCUGAACAGUUCCUGUUCCAGCUGGCCCAGAUCCCCAACUUCCACGAGCGAGUUUUUUGCAUCCUCUUCCAGUCCAGCUUCACGGAAUGUAUUUCCUCGAUAGUCCGUAAGCUGGACAUUAUGCAGCGAGUGUGCAAGACUCUGCGGACCGGAGAGGGCGUCAUGAAGGUGCUGGGCCUGAUCCUGGCCUUCGGUAACUUCAUGAACGGAGGGAACCGCAGCAGAGGGCAGGCGGACGGCUUCAACCUGGACAUCCUCCCCAAGAUCAAGGACGUCAAGAGCGCCGAUAACACCAGAAGUCUUCUGUCGUAUAUUGUUGCUUACUAUCUCCAACACUUUGACGAGGAUGCUGGGAAGGAGACGUGCGUCUACCCCCUCCCAGAACCCCAGGACCUGUUCCAGGCGUCACAGAUGAAGUUUGAGGAGUUCCACAAGGACGUGCUGCGACUGAGGAAGGACCUCCGAGUGUGCACGGCCGAGGUGGAGAAGGUGGUGCGGCUUUCAGAAGAAGAGCAUCUUCAGCCCUUCAAGGACAACAUGGAGGAGUUCCUGAGCAAAGCCAAAAGUGAACUGGAGACACAAGACACACUACUCAACAACACUCACAAAACGUUCCUGGAGCUGAGCGUGUCCUUCUCGGUGAAGGCCCGGUCAGGGGAGAAGGAGAUCUCCCCUGGAACCUUCUUCACCCUCUGGCACGAGUUCUCCUCUGACUUCAAGGACCAGUGGAAGAGGGAGAACAAGCAGAUGCUCCAGUACAGGCUGAAGGCUGCAGAGGAACGCUUCAAGCAGGCCAAGGAGAAGGCCACCUUCAGCGUCAAGCCCAAACAAGCCUCAGGGAUUAAAGCCAAACUGGGAAUGAAGACCUGACGGUUGCUCGUCCAAUCACACUCAAGGUGUAUUUGCUCUUGCAGUAGCUCAUCUACAAGUACAAAUGUACUUAAUUUCACUUCAAUAAAACCCUGUAUUUUAAAAUUUGUAUUUCAUGGUUGUCAAUUGUGUAAGGUAGUGAAUUGGUCCGUGUACAAAGAAUAUCUGCAAAAGUCAUCUUUUUGGAAGGACAUCUUGUGCUUCAUGUAAAGUUAAAUGUCUUUAUAAUUCAUUCUUUAUGUCUGGUUUCACGACCAAAUACGUUUGCUUGUACUCAAAGCAUCAGCACAUGUUUUUUCUUUUAAAGACAAAGAUGAGGGUUGUUUUCUAUUAAUAAACUGGAAACCAUG